UAAAAACCCUCUGUAGAGAAACCAGCACACACAAAUGCACUGAUCGUCCCUUCAAAGCUCAGAACUGCAGUGAGACAAAGACGAUGCAGGCGGAGGAGUACACGCAGAGAGGGAAGGAGAUGGUCGAUUUUAUACAGAAGUAUCUCACUGAGAUCCGUGAUCGGCCCGUAGUUCCAGACGUGCAGCCGGGUUACAUGCGUCCUCUAUUGCCCAACAGCGCCCCCUAUGAGCCAGAGGACUGGAGCGCCAUCCUGCAGGACGUGGAGAACAUCAUCAUGCCUGGGGUGGUGCAUUGGCAGAGUCCACACAUGCAUGCAUAUUUCCCUGCGCUCACCUCAUGGCCAUCUCUGCUGGGUGACAUGCUUGCAGAUGCCAUAAACUGCCUCGGCUUCACAUGGGCCUCGAGUCCAGCAUGCACAGAACUGGAGAUGUGUGUGUUGGACUGGUUGUGUAAAGCUCUCGGGUUACCAGAUCAUUAUUUACACCAUCAUCCACAGAGCAACGGAGGAGGAAUACUGCAGAGUACAGUCAGUGAGUGUACAUUGGUUGCUCUUCUCGCAGCGAGAAAAGACAGAAUUCUGCAGAUGAAAAGUGAAUUCACUCACGCCGACACAGACGAAUCUGUGUUGAACUCUAGACUCAUCGUGUACGCCUCUGAUCAGGCACAUUCAUCAGUGGAGAAGGCAGGUCUGAUCGCGCUGGUGAAGAUCAGAUUUUUGGAGACAGAUGAAGUAUUUUCACUGCGUGGAGAAACUCUGCUGCGAGCCAUCGACGAGGACCGCAAGAGAGGAUUCAUACCUGUGAUGUUGUGUGCAACACUCGGCUCUACAGGUGUGUGUUCAUUUGAUCGACUCGAUGAACUCGGUCCAGUGUGUGCCCGGGAGGGUCUCUGGCUGCACGUUGAUGCAGCGUAUGCUGGCUCCGCCCUUCUGUGUCCGGAGCUGCGGUAUUUCCUGAAUGGAAUCGAGUUUGCCGAUUCAUUUGUCUUUAACCCGUCAAAGUGGAUGAUGGUUCAUUUUGACUGUACGGCAUUCUGGGUGAAGAAUAAAAUGAAAUUGCAGCAGACAUUCACUGUCGACCCACUUUACCUGCGACAUGAUAACUCAGACACCACUGACUUCAUGCACUGGCAGAUUUCUCUGAGUCGUCGCUUUCGCUCGAUGAAGUUGUGGUUUGUCAUGCGCUCAUUCGGCCUGAAGAACCUGCAGGCUCAUAUACGACACGGUGUGGAGAUGGCGAAGCUCUUUGAGUCUCUGGUCAGGGGUGAUUUAAAUUUCCAGAUUCCAGCACAGCGACAUCUUGGUUUGGUCGUGUUUUGCUUACGAGCAGGUAAUGGAGCAACGCAGGAGCUAUUGCGAAAACUGACUAAAUCAGGUCAGAUGUUUCUGAUUCCCGCUGCCAUCGGAAACAAACUGAUCAUCCGCUUCACUGUGACAUCACAGUUUACCAGCGCGCAGGACAUACAGCGGGAUUGGAGCCUCAUCCAACAGGCCGCCAGAGACGUGCUGCAUGCACGCUCCCUCACACGUGAGCCCAGCAUGCUGUCUGAUGCUGACAGCUCCGAGGAGAAUGCGCAGGAACCGGAGGAAGUACCGCUGACCAUCCAAUCAGAGCUCAGCAAAAUGCGGCUGGAGCCAAUGAUAGAUGAGCGUUUGGUGCGUCAGGGGCAGAGACGUGCCAUUCGCUCACUGAGCUGCAGCGCCGAGCUUCCGCCCACCAGGCCUGACCACGCCCACUCUCUGAAGGAGGCUCCGCCCUCAGGCUCUCUGACGCAGAUUCCAGAGCAGCCGAUGCAGUCGCAGCAGAGAACGCAGAGGCGUCUACUAAAAUUUCACAGUGUUCCGAGUCUGUCGCAGGUCUGGGCGCACUGUGGCAUGCAGCAGCUGUACUACCCCUUUAAGAAAGGCUGGGUCACCAGCCGGGCAAGUUGCUUUAACUGCUUUCCUUUAGCAGAGACCAACCUUCUGCACACUAAAUAACACACACUUGCUAUGCUCUAAAUGCUAGUGAGCUGCCUUGUCUACUGCCUUCUAAGGCAGCAUCCUAACUGAAAAGGAACAUCAUAAGUAACUGAUUUGGAAAACUCUUGAUAGGUAGCAACUCCAUGUGCCACACAAAUAUCGCUACUUGUGUGAAACAUACGAGAGUCAUGUCCCAUAGGAGCAAAUUCACUAAACAUUUGCUGCAUUUUAGCCCGUUGUAUUUCAGUGCAAAAACAUGCAUCUUAUUCACGACCACCUGCAAUCUUUUUAAGCAGGCGCAAUCAGCACUGAAAAAGUGCUGCGCCUUUAAUAUUUAGAUAUUGUCAUUUCUUUCCGUGGAAACACGCCUCCUUUCUAUGUAAAUUAGGCUUGUUAGAGAUUGUGCUUCAUUUACAAAACUCAAACAAUAAACGUUGCGCUAUUACUGCCCAAGGAAAGCAGGCGGUAAACUGAAUUUUAUUUAAAAGAGAUGUUUGUGUACAUUUUCUAUUAAUUUUGGCAGUAGUAAUUCAUCAAAUAACAGUCAAAUAUUGUUGAAGAGUGUUAUAACCUGACAUAUAUCCAGAUACGCAGUGUAGUCAAGCACACUUUCUACAUGUUAAAGAGCCUGCGAGAUCAGAACUGCUUUGUGCAAAUUGUGCACCAUUGCCUGAUAAUUCAUUUAGUGAAUCUGGUGCUAUACCAGCGCAGACAGCUACUCUAAUGAGCAUUACAUUUUUGAUCAAUAUUUUUUAUAUUGAAAAAAAAUAUUUAUAAUAAAAUGUUUCUCGCCCCGUCUGGCAUCAGUUUUUUCACUGAGCUCUUUGCAACCUCUCAGAAUUUGGUCAAAAGAAGAUAUCUUAGGAGGUGGCAUAAUUUUGUUGCCCGCCUUCUAGGACAGGCUUCACAACUGGAGCACUUCUGUGAUGCUUUAAAAUGAUGUCUAGGUAGGCAGCUCACUAGGUUUUGGAACAGAGUUACUGUAUGUCCCUUAAGACAAAACUUCCUCAGGACUUAAGAGCAUCUGGAUACAAGCAGAAAUAUCUUAAUACUGGCAGUUCAGUGAACAUCACACCACUGAUCCACUGACAUCAAUGUCAAUCACACCUACUGUUGUGCUGCCAGUACAUGUCGCUCGAUUGUUCAGAUGUCAUGAGUUUAUUUUCCUGCCAAAAAGUGACAAUCAACACACAUGAAAACCCAAACAGUCUCUCCUUUUAUGAAAUAUCCUUAUAUUCCCUCAGAAUCAUCAUCUUUCAAUACAUUUGUAUUGUUAUUGAUAUAUAAAAAUACACACUCACAGUUAAAAGUUUGGACACACUUUAUUGCAUUUAUGUUCCCCAUGAUCCUAUAAACUAGAGGUUGACUGAUAGGGGAUUUUGCUGAUACCGAUAACUAAGGUGGUGUUAAAAGCAGAUAACCGAUUAAUCGACCGAUAGUUUUUUUAUUUUAUUUAUUUACAGAAUAAUCAAAGAUUUCUUAGUCUUUCCUUACUAAGACGAGCACAGACAUUGGAGGUACAAGAUUCCAAAAUGAAUAAAAUCCCAAAAACUAUUUAUUGUGCAACCAAAAUUCCAAUAAUAACCAGAAAAAUUAAGAUUUGGUAUAUAACGGGGGACUUUUAACUAAAAACAAGCCUCAAAUACACUGGGGCAUUUUAUUUUAAAAAUUAUAGAGACUUUGCCCGUUACAAUGCUCCAUAUGCAAGUAUUUAACAAAUUACAUUUUUUUAUAGCUUACAUAUUCACCAGAUGAAGUUGUGUGUG